UUUGUUGCCUACAACUUGAUGCAUUGGUAGAAACUUUUUCCUGUGUGGGGAGGAAGAAACGGCUCUGCUUUUGUUAUUCCUCGAGAAGAAGGAUUCAUAAACCCUACAUGAUAUGGCUACUUGAAACCAGAUCGAUUUCUCUAUCUCGUUUCCGGCCGGUAGAUUAUGGGCUGACCAUCUUCACUUGAAGGCUCAAAUCUGCGAAGAAAUAUAUAAAUGGAAGCCUAUAUUAUGAAUAUAAUAGUGCUUGGAGUCAUUUCAUGGACAACAGCUUUUCUGCUAAUAAGGAGGAUAUUCCCCAAGCGCUCGUUUGAUUUCUGCAACCGGACUGUUUCUACGAUUCAUGCAACUUUAGCUGUAACAUUAGCCUUUCUCUCCGUUCAAGAUUGGGGAUGCCCAGUUUGUCCUUUGGCUGCAAAAUCUUCCCCAAAGCAGAUGCGAACUCUAGCAGUGAGCCUCUCUUAUAUGAUCUAUGAUUUAGUAUGUUGCCUCUUUGAGAAGCGAGUCAGCCUCGACAACUCCAUCCACCAUCUGGUCAGCAUCGUUGGAAUUGGCGCAGGCCUUGCCUAUGAGGAGUGUGGAUCAGAAAUGGUAGCUGCACUAUGGGUUACUGAAGUCUCCAGCCCUUUCCUCCACCUGAGGGAGCUUCUCAAAGAACUUGGAUUCAGGGACAACGACCUUAAUUUGGCAGUCGAUAUUUUGUUUGCAGUGAUAUUUACAUUAGGCAGGAUGGUUUGUGGGCCUUAUCUUGCUUACGUGACUAUAUCUGCUAGCAAUCCUUUUGUCAUUAAGGCAAUGGCAUUGGGCCUGCAGCUGGUUAGUGCCUUCUGGUUCUACAAAAUCGUCAGGAUGGUGAAACACAAAUUGACCAAACGGACAGCAUCUAAAAACGUCUCCUCAAAACUAUUCAUACCAAAAACUUGAAACUCGGUCAAAGUCACUACAUUUUGUAAAAUAAUUGAUGUAUUUUUCAGAUUAAUUUUUUUAAUGACAACGUGACAUAUAUCCGGUGAAAUCAAAUCAUUUGUAACAUAAUUUAUGUGUAAAUUUGUUUAUUGA